UUUAUCAAUGAGUUCUCCAAUAACAUAAUCAUUACAAUUAUUCAACAAAUUGAUUGGAUUUUUGGUUUGCUUUCUAAAAUGAUAAUGGCAUUCAAAUUUAUAGCCAUAUUGUUACUGGAAAUAACUCUUGCACUAUUUUCCAGGGCAGAAAAUGGUCUUCCAGUUAAAAGCAUUCAGAGUGAAGAUGGAGAUGUCAUUGACUGCAUUGACAUUUUUAAGCAGCCAGCUUUGUCUCAUCCUGCUUUGAAGAACCACAAAAUCCAGAUGAGACCGAGUGAUAAUCCAGUUAUGGAGAAUUCUCUCACAACAAAAACAGACCAAAAAUUCUACAAGUUUGUCACGACACAAAUCUGGCAAAAAAAUGGAAAUUGUCCAAAAGGGACAGUUCCAAUUCGAAGAACACAGAAGAAGAAGGAUCAAUUGAAAAAGCCUAGCUUUUUUCAUAGAGAUAAUGGAUUGAAAAGCAAGAAGGAUAUCUACCUUUCACAGAUGAAUCACUCAGUGAGUCAUUUUUCUGUCAAUAUAGUUUAA